UCGCUAAACUGUAGCACUUCUGGCUCCUCCUCUUCAAUUUAAAAGUCGGCUAGUCCUUGUUGUUCUACAUCGCUUCUGUCUUGUAACCACAGAGAGAGUGAUAGAGAUAAAAUGGUUUACAUUUGGAGUGAUCAAGAGACCAUUGAUGAGCUGAAAUACAAGCUUCUCAGCAUCAACUAUGAACUAGAAUCAGCGCAAAUAAGGGCGAAGCAGGAGGUAAGCAAAAACGAGGAGAUCACAAAGCAGUUGUUUCAUCUCUUGAAGGUAGCUUGUCGAGAAAGAGAUGAAGCAAAUGACCAGUUGCAAAAACUACUCAAAAUGUUCUUGCCCAUACCAGCUGAAAAUGAAACAAGCCCUUUGUUCUCUGAGGUCAACAAUGAAAAUUAUCCAAGUCUGCAAAAAGCCUCAAAUUUCUCAACAGUUAAAGAAUCAGAUGUUAUAUCCAAAACUAGUUCAUAUCCCACUAAAUACAACUUUGCUGCUGAUUCAAGUAACUUAGGAUUUUCCAACAAUGCUGCUGUUCAAGGGUGUGAUGAGUCCGUUCAGGUGGCUACGAUGUCUUCAUCAAACUCAAAGAUCAUUGAUCGUGCUGAUGUUUUGAUUGAUAAUAUUGUUAGGGUCAGAUCACUGCCUAAGAAAGGAAGAUUGUUCCAGGCUGUAAUGGAAAAUGAGCCUUUACUUCAGACACUUCUCGUUGCUCCUCUUCCCAAGUGGAAAAACCCUCCACCUCUUCCUCCUUUAAAAAGUUCAUCCAAUCUCAUUUAUGGAUGUGACUUUGGCUCACAAGAACAGAUUGAAGCAGUCAAGCCAAUUCGUGCAGUACAAGGUUCAAGCUCACUCGGAUUUUCUCACAUACCAUCUUCAUCUGUGUUGGACUUUGAACAUGGUUCUGCUAGUGUGAAGACUCGAGUUGGUAACAGUUCAAGUGAUCUCAUGCAGAGUCAGAUUGGGACUUGUAAGAGAAGAAAAAGAAGGUUCUGAUGAGGGCAGUAAAUCCUUCUUACUUGUGUCUAAACAGUAGUACAAAUAGGGUUUGGUGAGUUAUAGUAAAAGAAAUCAUGGCUUA